CCCGGGUUGGUUCUUUGUUCCCUAGAUGACAAAAAGAAAAUUUUGGAUUCUUGUGUUGAAUCUAAUUUGGUUCACCUUCAGGCAAGGAAAGCACAUCGAGCUCUAAAAGGACUGGUGAAGUUACAAGCUCUUGUUAGGGGCUACCUUGUUCGAAAACGAGCAACUGCGACUCUUCAUUGUAUGCAAGCUCUCAUACGAGCUCAGGCCACUGUUCGAUCCCAGAGAGCUCGUCGUCUGCUCAAAAAAGACAACAAAUAUCAACCAGAAAUUCGUGCCCGAAGGUCCAUGGGAAGAAUUGAUGAAACAUGGAGUGAAUUCCAUAGCAAGAGACUUUCAGCAUCUACAGAAAAUUCGCUAAGCGCGUUCGACGAAAGCCCCAAAAUAGUUGAAAUCGACACUUACAGGCCUAGAUCAAGAUCAUCACGUCGAAUGAACACAUUAAUGUCAGACUCUUGUGAAGACCCAUAUUACCAAACAGUUUCAUCACCCCUUCCCUGUCCAAUUCCCGCUCGUCUUUCCAUCCCCGAGUGCAGAAACCUUCCAGAAUUCGAUUGGGGCUUCAACGGCGAUGAUUACAGGUUCUCAACUGCUCAGAGCACGCCUCGUUUGGCAAAUUCGUACAGAUCAAAUGCUCCAGUCACGCCAGCGAAAAGCGUGUGCGGAGACAGCUUUUUCAGGCCAUAUUCCAACUUCCCGAACUACAUGACGAACACGCAAUCGUUCAAUGCGAAACUGAGGUCUCAUAGUGCUCCGAAGCAGAGGCCUGAACCGGGUUCUAAGAAGAGGCUUUCGCUGAAUGAAAUAAUGGCGUCGAGGAUGAGUUUGAGCGGUGUGAAGAUGCAGAGGUCUUGUUCUCAGGUUCAAGAAGCUUUAAAUUAUUGAGAAAAAAGUGUUUGAUCGAUAGAUUAUGAACAUGGAGAAGAAUAAGAGAAACUAACAUAUAAACCUUCUCCGAGCUUUUGUUUUUGCCACUUAGGGAUGACAAACAGUAGGAUAGAACAGAGUGCUUUGUGUAUAUUCUUAAAUCUUUGUUAUUUUAUUUUAUGAAUGGAAACUAGAGGGUUUCAUCUUUUGUUCUUUGUUGCUUAGAAAGUGUUUUUGAUUUUAUAGGUAUGAUUAAAAACAGUUGUGUUUUGAAUCAAUUUAUAUAUUUUUUGCCU